AUGCUCUCCUCUUUCUCUCUCCGCCCACCUAACCCCACCUCCAUUUGUCGCCUCUCCGUCUCCGGCGACGACUCUCCCACUCCCGAUCCAUCUCUCCCAGUCCCCCCUCUCCGAGUCGCAAUCAUCGGAUUCGGCAACUACGGCCAGUUCCUCGCCGAAACCCUAGUCUCCCAAGGCCACAUUAUCUUCGCACACUCCCGAUCCGAUCACUCCGCCGCCGCACGUCGUAUCGGCGUCUCCUUCUUCACAGAUCUCCACGAUCUCUGCGAACGACACCCCGACGUCGUCCUGCUCUGCACCUCAAUCCUCUCCACAGAGAACGUCCUCAAAACGCUGCCGUUUCAACGACUCCGCCGCAACACGCUCUUCGUCGAUGUCCUCUCCGUCAAAGAGUUCGCCAAAACCCUCCUCCUCCAAUACCUCCCCGGAGACUUCGACAUCCUCUGCACACACCCAAUGUUCGGCCCACAGAGCGUGAGUUCGAAUCACGGAUGGCGAGGUUUGCGAUUCGUCUACGAUAAAGUCCGAAUCGUCGGCGAAGAAGAAGAAAGGUCGAGACUUUCGCGGUGCGAGAACUUCCUCGCGAUCUUUGCUCGUGAAGGAUGCGAGAUGGUGGAGAUGAGCUGUGUUGAUCAUGAUCGUCACGCUGCUGGGUCGCAGUUUAUCACACAUACAGUGGGAAGAGUUUUGGAGACGCUGAAAUUGCAAUCGACGCCGAUUAACACGAAAGGGUACGAGGCGUUGCUUGAUUUAGCUGAGAACACUCGUGGAGAUAGCUUUGAUUUGUACUAUGGUUUGUUUGUGUAUAACAAGAACUCGCUGGAGAUGUUGGAGAGGAUGGAUUUGGCGUUCGAGGCGUUGCGGAAAGAGCUUUUUGGCCGGCUUCAUGGUGUUGUGAGGAAGCAGUUGUUCGAAGGUGAAGCUCAGAGAGUCCCAAAUGGUUACCAAAAGGAUGCUUCUUUGGAUAUGGUUAGGUCAAAUGAGGUUGCUUUGAGGUAUGAAUAUAACGCUGAGGUCUCUGGGAGUGUGAAUGAGAGGUCAAGGCUCAAGAUUGGUAUUGUGGGGUUUGGCAACUUUGGACAGUUUCUGGCGAAGACGAUGGUGAAGCAGGGACAUACUGUGUUGGCGUAUUCGAGAAGUGACUACACUGAUGAAGCUGUAAAGUUAGGUGUUUCGUAUAUACAGGAUCUUGAUGAUUUGUUUGAAGAGCAUCCUGAAGUGAUUCUUCUCUGUACGUCGAUUCUUUCGACUGAGAAAGUCCUCAAGUCACUUCCGUUUCAGAGACUGAAGAGGAGUACGCUGUUUGUUGAUGUGCUCUCUGUUAAAGAGUUCCCGAGGAAUUCUUUUCUUCAAGCUUUGCCGCAAGAUUUUGAUAUUUUGUGCACACAUCCCAUGUUUGGACCAGAGAGUGGUAAAAAUGGAUGGAAAGGUCUUUCCUUUGUGUUUGAUAAGGUUAGGAUUGGAACGGAUGAUGAUAGGAGAAGAGCCAGGUGUGAUAGUUUUCUCGAUGUUUUUGCGCGUGAAGGAUGUUCUAUGGUGGAGAUGUCGUGUGCUGAACAUGAUUGGCACGCUGCUGGGUCGCAGUUUAUCACACAUACAGUGGGGAGGGUGUUGGAGAAGUUGAGCUUGGAAUCUACUCCUGUUGAUACAAAGGGUUACGAGACGUUGCUUAAACUGGUGGAGAAUACUUCUGGUGACAGCUUUGAUCUUUACUAUGGACUGUUUUUGUACAAUCCUAAUGCGAUGGAACAGCUUGAGAGGUUUGGAUUGGCUUUUGAAUCUUUGAAGAAACAGCUCUUUGGUCGACUUCAUCGUCUUCUGCAUAAGCAGUUGUUUGGGAAUGAUAAGGAUACUCAAAUCAUGUUGGAGACCACUGGCUUGUCAACAUUCAGAUGA